AUGCGCUAUGCAGCGAAUCGAAAUCGAUGGCGCCCCUCCAAGGUGCCGACCUCCUUGAGUGAAUUCUCAAAAACAGCCCGACUCCAAAAAAGGAUGCCCUCACGGCAAUGGAAACACACUGCCCUCGAACACAUCUUGCUGCAAGCAGCAUGCAUCGCAGCCGAACAGACGCGGCUCAAAUCGAAAAAGAACGGCGUGUCCGUGGACAUCGAAUCACCCGGUGGCCUGGGUCAAAAUCGCCACCGCUGGUUUCCAAGAGAGCCCUUAAUCGAUUGCCUCUUGGAGGCAUUGCAUUAUGUCUCUUCUAUUUUCAAAAGCAACACCCACCAAGUCGAGGUUGUAAGUACCUCGUCUUUCCAAAUGUGUUUCAGAUAUAUCAACACAACUAUCGGAAGCGCGACACCAGAGCCUGUAACAGUUUCAGGUUUUUCCAUUGCCCUCUGCAAAGCAUUUGGCAAUAGCAAUGCGAAGAAUCAAUACCUCACUGCCCGCAGUGAGCAGGACGUAGUUCCGAACGCCGCCGAUCAGCAAUUGUUCCCACAGUUCCCCUGCAUCCACCCCUCCCUCAACGGACUCCGGAACGACUCGAUUUGCGCAAACUGGCUCUGCAUUGAGCAGACUAUCAUCAAUACAGACCUUUCCACACAUGCAUCUCGAGGUAUUCGUACUACGAUAGCUACGACGAGAGCUACCGAUACACUUGACAUUAAGCGCAGCACUCCACGUGUCAACAACGCCGACCUGUACCCGCAACGACGGCCUUUUUCAACCACAUUUAAUCAAUGCCCCUUUUGUUCCGUCACUAAUCUGAAUCCCGCUAUCAUCCAGACCUUCCUUCCCCGCCAAACGCUCCCUCAUCCAUCCCCUUAA